CGAGCCCAUCCAUCCUCGAUCCCCAAGACAUGAUUUAGUCCCUUGACGGCCCCCUUCCCACUGCAACACGCGCCCCCAGUUCCGCAUCCGGCACCAUGUCUCUGAAUCUGGAGAAACAACUUGUCUUUUACGGGGCAUACCACCACAACAAGGUCAACGUUGGCAUACAUGUGCUCUGCGUGCCCCCAAUCCUGUUGACGUCCUUCUUGCUCCUCACCAACACGCCGGCCGUUCCGCUGCCCACAUGGCUUUCGGUACCUAACCUCCCGCUUAACGUCGGCACCGCCGGCGCCGUACUAUACUCGACCUUGUACAUCCUGAUGGAGCCUGUCGCAGGUGCCCUGGUUGCGCCCAUCCUCAUCGGUGGGACUGCGUAUAUGAACCACUUUACAUCCACGUAUGGCGCGACCGCCAACUCAUGGGCAGGCGCGAUCAACAUUGCAUGCUGGAUUGCGCAGUUUAUCGGACACGGAAAGUUCGAAGGAAGAGCGCCUGCCUUGCUAGACAACCUCGUGCAAGCCAUCUUUCUGGCUCCUUUCUUUGUCUGGUUUGAGAUUCUCUUCAAGCUCGGCUACCGCCCUGAGUUGAAGCGUCGGAUAGACCAGGCUGUGGAGCAGGAGAUUCAAAAGUUUAAGAAGAACAAGGAAAAGGGUCAGAAUGGCUCCGCGAAAUAGGCGCGACCCUGAAAUGCGGAAGACGUGAACAGUAAAAGAGAAGCAUGGAGGUGGCUCUGUCACAAGUCAUGGCAUGAUGUGUUGGAACGAUGCAUUUGGGCGGCACUCUCCGAGGAUGCGCGUAUGGUAUGGAUACUGCAACAUAACAUGGCAUUGCACGGCGCAAGGCGUAUACGGCGUCAUGUUGCCUGUGGCCGUUAAUUGGUUCAUGUGGCUGUGUCUUUCUGGGGAUUUGCAGCGUAGUAGGAUACCAAAUUAGACUGUUGUUACUUUGAACAUUAUAGAU